AUGACCUGCGCGAUGUCCGCUCCCGCCCGGCUUAUGCUCCAGGAAUGUCGUCGGCAACCAGGGUUCCGGGCAGCAGGGCUGGAGCGGCCUCGCUGCACGCCCGCAGCGCAUCGCAACGCGGUGUUCAGUCGGCGAGGGAGCUGCGGACGUGCUCUCAGAGGCGUCUUGCGGCGAGGGCGCGCCACAGCGGCCUCACAUAGCACCGGAAGUGGUGAGGGGGCUAGUGCGCGUGCGGCGUCGUGGCAGGAGCUGUGCGGCGCGGUCGCGGAGCUUCCGUGCAACGAGUUCUCGGAACUGACUCGGGACGUGGGGCCCGUCGAGCACACGCGCGUCCCGCGCUUCCUCGUACCUCCGGGCGACACUCCCGACGCCCCCGCGGCCUCCCCGGCGGACGAGCGCAUCACCUGGACCACGCAAGUGAGCCUCGAUCGCUGGGACUGCAUCGUGCGCCUCGCGAACGCGUGGUCCGGCCCGCUCUCGGUCGCCGUCCACAUACCCUCGCCACCAAGCGACGCCCGCGCGUGCGCGCGGCACCUCGCGCAGCUCCGCGCGGCCUUCGACGAGCUCCCUCCUGGACACUCGGUCACCGUGAGCGUGCUCCACGCACCGGAUCCCGCCCCAGGCGACGCGGAGGGCCCCGCUUCCUACCGAGCAUCAUAUCCGAUCAAUGCCCUCCGCAAUCUCGCGAUCGAGGCCGCCGCCACGGACCUCGUCGUCCUCGCCGACGGCGACCUCGUCCCGAGCGCGGGCCUCGAGGAGCGCCUCGCGGGCGUCCUCGCGGCGGGGGGUGCGAUGUCACAACCGACGCACAGCCGGGAGCGCGGGAGGGCGACGGUGGCGGUCGUGCCGGCGUUCGAGUGCGCGGACGGCGAGGACGGGCUGCCGCGGACGCGCGAGGAGCUCGCCGCGCGGCGCGCCGUGCCGUUCCAGUGCAGCAGCGCUACGGAGGGCGCGGACAGCGGUCCGAUAGAUUACGACCGGUGGUGGGCCGCGGAGGAGCCGUACGCGGCGGCGUUCCGAGAAUUCUUCGAGCCCGUCCUCGCCGGCCGGCGCUCCGAGCUCCCGGGCUACUCCGAGCUCUUCCGCGGCUACGGACUCAACAAGGUCCAGCUGACGACCCACCUGGCAGAACUCGGCACGUGUUUCCAGGUGGUGCCGCGGGGCUUCGUCGCCUGCGCGCCGCACCCGCCCAGCGCCUCGCGCCGCGCCGUCCUGGGCGCGGACGCGCGCAGCCGCAACCGCCUGCGCGUCGCGGCGCUGUACGUGCGCUGGCGGCUCCACGUCGCGGCAAUCGGGCCGUCUUGCGCCGCGGCGCUGUCGCGGCCGGGCGCGCAGCUGCUGAUGCCGGACGCGUCGCCCGUGCAGUACGAGUCGGAGCCGGUGCUGGAGCCGGAGGCGGGCGGGGAGGCCGGGGGGGUGUGUGGGCCUGACAGCAGGAUGGAGGAGGGGCCGGGGGAGUUGUGGAGGGAGCUGAGGGAGCGGUCGGGGUCGGCGGGGCGGACGUCGGCGUGGGUGGCGUGGGCCGGGGUGGACGACCUGGGCUGGCUCGCGGAGGCGGUGCGGCGAUGGGACGGGCCGAUGGCGGCGGCGGUGUUCGUGCCCGCGCCGCGGCUGUCGCCGCCAGGGAAGAUGAUGGCGCAGGUGGUGCGUGCGUGGUGCAAGGAGCACCUGCGGAGCGGGCAGGCCGCGGUCACCAUCGUGUUCGGCAACAGGUACACGGAAGAGGGCAUGCGCGCGCUGGCCGCCGCGGGCCUCGACACAACCAUCUCGCCCUCACGGCAGAACAGCUACGCCGAUGCGUUCCCCGUCGCGGCGCUCUGGAACGCCGCCAUCGCCGCGUCGCCCUCCGACGCCGUCGUGCUCGCCGGCCCGGGCCUCCUCCCGACCCCCGGCCUCUCCCGCGCGGUCUCCGCGGCCCUGACUCAGGCGGCGCAAAACUCCCCCGCGGCGCGCACGAUCCUGGCGCUGCCGAUCGCGGAGCGCGCGGGCGGCGUGGCGGCCGCGGCGGACGGCCCGCUCGCGGCGCGCUGGGCCGCGGCCGCGCCCGGAGAGACCCUGGACAUGCGGCCCGGAGACUUCGGAAGUCGACUGGUGUUCGCGGGGAUGCGGUCGGCGAUGCCGAGGUUCGACGAGCGCGUGCGGGGGCGUUCGGGGCCGGCGCGGCACGCGGCGCACAUGCUGAUGGCGCUGGCGGUGCAGGAGGGCGGGUACGCGGUGCGGCUGUUGGGGGGCGCGCGUGUGGCGCCGACGGAGUCAGGGGGGGGAGUGUUUGAGGCGCUGCGGGGGAUCGAGGGCGCGGCGGGGAGCAGGGAGGCGCUGUGGGCCGCGGCGAUAUACGCGAGGGGCGCGGAGGAGAUGGCGCGGGCGCGGGAGGCGCAAAGGCGGGAACAGAGCACCACGCCACUGGCGUAG